AUGUCGGACGACGAAGUUACCGAGUUAUCUAUGGAGGGAAACGCGAAGGAAAACGUUGUGGAAAGCGGAGUAUCGAAGGAAAAUGGACAAGGAAACGUAGCUGUACCGUACGGAGAAAUAUUAGUUAAAUUGAGAAAGGAAAAAAGAACCCGAAAGACUAGAUUAACUAAAUCGAAGCAUCGUUUGCAGAAAUUAGCUAAGAUGAGAGCUACAAGAGAGGAAAUCGAGAGUUGUAUCGAGGAAAUAUGGGAAAUUUUAGAGGAAGCACAGGCGGUGAUGGAUGAGAUGAGUGUGUUAGCUUUAAAAAUGGAAAAUACUGAGUUACAAUCGGAAAUAAUGAAAGAAUCGGACAGUUUACAGGAAGAAACACAAGAAGUAAUUGAACGUGCUGAGGAAAGGUUGACGGACAUGAUGUUAGAAGCAGAGAAGGUAACAGAAUCUGUGACUGUGACUCCGAGUGUUUCAGUUUUGUCACCCCCUACUACCUUGCAACAGGCACCCCAACCCAGUGCCCCAGGUGCAGUGCAGCAAAAUUAUACCUCACCCCCCAUUAGCCAGCAACAAUCACCCCAACCCCCUAGUCUGGAACAGGUGUCACCAAGCAUGGGUACCCCGCGUCACCCAAUACUAAUUACCUUGCAGAACAAUCGCCUGGUAUUAUAGGAGGAACAAUUAAUCGGAACUUAAAAGCAUUAAGGGUCCCUAAAUUUGAUGGAACUAAAGCUACCUUUGAGGAAUUUUGGUGCCUUUUUGAGAGCCUUGUUGAUAAAUCAUCUGAACCUGUGAACAUCAAGAUGGCUAGACUUAGAGAGUGUCUUUCUGGUAGAGCUUUGGAAGCUAUUCGAGGACUAGGAGUUUCGGAGGCAGAAUAUAAUGAAGCAAAGGACAUUAUUCAAUCGAAGUUUGGAGGUGAGCGAAGGCAAUUGAGAGCUUAUAUGGAAGAGCUUGAAAAGACACCACCGCUGCGGAAUAAUGAUGUGUCGUCAUUCGAUAGAUUUACAGACUUAGUUAGAGUUACAGUGACAAAGCUAAAAGCUGAGGGACGGAAAGCUGAACUAGGAGAAGGGUCUUUACAUGGUCAACUUGUUAAGAAGUUGUCUGGUCAGCAAGUGGAAAGCUACAGCCGUUGGUUAAAUGUGCACAGCAAGACACCAUCCGUAACCGAUUUGUGUGAGUGGUUAAAGAAAGAAGUCGCAAUAAAAAUGGAAGCAGUUGAAAUGGCGCAUGGGCUGGAGCAAAAGCCAUUGAGUGAUCCACCAUUUAAGAAGGGCAAUGGAUCAAGAUCCAGAACCUUUUUGACAGAGGCGGACAGGUAUGGUCAACAAAGACCACCAUGCCAGUUCUGUGGACAGAGCAAUCAUCCGAUAUGGUACUGCAAGGGGUAUGGGGCAUUGGUCGUGGAAGAACGGUGGAAAACUGCCAAAGAGAAGAAAUUAUGCUUCCGUUGUCUCUCGAAGGAUCAUCAUGGAAAAGAUUGUCGCAGGACUGGUCGUUGUGGCAUAAACGG